AUGUCCGAACGUUCAGGCUCAUGCAUUUGUGGUGCUAUCCACUUCAACACUUCCAGUGACCCAUCUGUGUCCAUUCUUUGCUAUUGUACUCACUGCCGUAAGAAUGCUGGUCAUGUGGGCCAGAUUGUCGCAGUGUACGACGAUGACAAGGUAGAAAUUGAAGAUCCAGAGAAUGUCAUGAAGCAGUACGUCAUCAAGGACACAGACAGUGGACAGCCCAAAAUUAAAUAUUUCUGUGGACGCUGUGGAUGUACUAUCCAGACAACAGUGGGAAUCAUGCCAGGAAAGGCAUUGUUGAGACCUACAUUGUUCGACAAGGGCUUUAAGGGCAAUGAGCCUACAGUGUUACUGUUUGAGGAGGCGAAGAGGAAGUAUACGGAGGGGGCGGAGAGCAAAUACUAUUGA